AAAGAGUGAAAAUUAAAUAUUGUGUGAAACUUUGUUAGUACCUGCAGCAAACUAUAAUACCCAACUGAGCAAUGCUGCGAAAGGUCGGGUUUAGUCUUGUCGAUGUUUUACUUUUCCCCUUUUAAAAUUAAAACGAGAGAACUGAACGACGGCAGCAAGGGGGUUCUUGGAAGUAACGAAACUACAAUUUAAAAACCGAUUGAUUUUUUUCUUUUGCGUUUUCGGGAAAAUGUAUUCACCCAGUACAAAUGCAGCAGAAUAAAUGCUUGGAUUCAGUGAAGAAAAGUAUGUUCCCCAGUUCUUCCAUUCUGGGGCGCCCGCCCUAUAAAAGAGGCACAUCCAGUGACUUUCAGAUCCCUCUCAAUCUAGCACCUGCCUUGUUCUCUCAACAGCAGCUAAUCGAGUCAGAAUGUAACUCCAGGAAUUCUAACUUUCACAGUGUCCCCCUGAAUGCUCUUUCCUGUUUCCCAUCGGUUUCAUCAUCACAUAAUUGGAACCAUGUCAACCACACUUCUCCACAGGCAUCUGCUGUGCCCACAACAUCUCAAGGCAGGAAGAGGCGGAGCGGUGAGCACUGCCCCUUUGAUAUCAAGCGGCAGCGGUUCCAGUCGCCCCUCCCUCAGGCAGCGGUUGCCACGGCAGCAUCUUCUCCAGCAGCAGCCACCCAUUCGGUUGUGCAUCUGCAAAGUGAAGGCAGGAGCUGUGCCCCAGCCUUCAGUGCAGCUUCUUCACCACAGACUCCAAAGCCCUCUGGCUGUGUGCCGCCUCUAAGGGGCUCCCCUUAUCCAGAGCUCAUUGACAGCCCAAUCCCAACUGCUAAAGACAAGUUAAGUCAACAAAUACUGCAGCUGUUUCAGACAUGCCAGCAGCAGUCUGAUGAUCUGGAAAAGAAGGAGCUUUGUAGAGCAGAGCUUCAGAGAGAAAUCCAGAGGCUAUUCCCACAGAGCCGGGUAUAUUUAGCUGGGUCGUCUUUGAAUGGUUUUGGCAGUCGAAGCAGCGAUGCAGAUCUGUGCCUGGUUGUUCAAGAGGGGCCGGCGGAUCAGAGAACAAAUGCAAUCUAUAUACUGAGUCUAGUACAGCAAUUGUUCUACAGAUUAUCUUACAUUGAGAGACCUCGGCUUAUUCGAGCAAAAGUGCCCAUAUUAAAAUUCAGGGAUAAAGUCAGUGGAGUAGAGUUUGACUUGAAUGUAAACAAUGUUGUUGGAAUAAGAAAUACAUUCCUUCUCAGAACCUAUGCAUUCAUUGAGAACAGAGUUCGUCCCCUUAUACUUGUGGUAAAGAAGUGGGCUCGACACCAUGGAAUUAACGACGCCAGCCGUGGAACUCUGAGUAGCUACUCCUUGGUACUGAUGGUUUUGCACUAUCUGCAGACCUUACCUGAACCUGUUGUUCCCUGUCUCCAGAAGGAAUAUCCAGAAUGUUUCAACUCUGCAAUGCAGCUUCACCUUGUACAUGAAGGACCACGUAACGUUCCUCAGUACCACUCCAAGAAUCAGUCAACGAUCGGAGAUUUGCUUCUGGGCUUCCUUAAAUACUAUGCCACAGUUUUCAAUUGGGACAAAUAUAUGAUUUCAGUUCGUGAAGCCAAAGCUCUUCCCAAACCUGGAAACAAUGAAUGGAAGAACAAGUUUAUCUGUGUUGAAGAACCCUUUGAUGGAACAAACACAGCAAGAGCGGUACAUGAAAAAAUGAAGUUUGAUGGCAUCAAAACAGAGUUUAUGGAGUCCUGGCAACAAUUGCAAAUACGAAAAGAUCUGAAUGCCAUCUUACCAGUGAGAGCUACAAUACAGAAAAGAUAACGACUUGAUGCCUGGCUGUGAUUUGCAUGAAAAAGGAGAACUCUUGUUAAUGCCAGUAAUGAAGGAGGAACCUGUGUAUUUGGAGGACCUAAAGAUAUCUGUGCUUCACUACCUUACGCCUAAUCUCCUACCUACAAGUGUGUAGGUGAUGGAAUUUCACAUACCUUCAGUGAAGAGAGAGAAUGGGAAUUGCUUUUAAUAGACUUUCUUUUUUUCUAAACUGCAUAAAAAUACAGCAUCAGUCUUACAGACUUUUUUUUUUUUUGUUUGUUUUAACAUGCACUUUUCUGGGUGGUUAGUAUCUUUUUGUUCUGCCAUGCAGUAUAUCCAUGUCUGUUUUAUUUUUUAUUUUGUUGUACUUUGGUCCUUCCUGAAUUGGGAUGCAAAUAAACAUUUUGGGCUAAGGCUUAGCAAUGCAUAUGUUCAGCUAGUGAAAUCGUUUUCUGUGGAUAUGCUGGCAGGAAGCAAGUUCAAUUCCUGAAGUCAACAUGGUACUGCUGGUAAUGUUCAGACGAAAAGAGCUGCUAUGAAGCGAAGCUAUUUGUAAUGUAUGUUGAAAAAUGACGUAAC